AUGAAAUUUUAUAUUGCAUUAUUUAUUCUAGUCGUGUAUUCAUAAUAGGAUAACAAAUAAAUAUCCCCUGAGGAUUAAACAUUCUUAGAAACAUUAUAAUAGGAUUAGUUUGGUUUAAAUGUAUUAAAUUCAAUUCAAACCGAAUAUUAAAGAGAUUAAGGUAUUUUUAUUAUUCAUUCUUAUAUCAGAUCAAAAAGCAUAAUUCAACAGAAUUGAACAUUUAUUGAACAAAAUUGAGUAACAAAUUGCAGAAGACUAAUAAAAUGAUUUAGAACUCUAAUCAGAUGCUUCUGAAUAAUGUAUGAAAAACGAAUUAUUUUUAAAUAGAUUAUUCAUAAUUACUAAGUCUUGAGGAAUAAAUUGCAAAAUCUCAAUAUGACUAUAGCACGCUUGGAGCCUAAAUUAGAUUAUAUUAAGAUGAAUCUAAUAGGUAUGAUGUAUUAAUGGAUGAAAAAGAAAACAUUGUUAAUGAAUAUUAAUCAUUGUUAAUUUAACUAGAUGAAAUUAGACAAUAAGAAGUAUUAAUCAAUCCUAAAAUAGCAUGAUCAUUUUGAAAUUGCAAGAGAUGAUUCCAUUACUGUUUGCAGUCUAUUAAAAAGAGCAAAAUAUUUAAUCAAGCAAUUAAUUCCCAAGACUACUGUGCUUGUUUAACAAUAAUCUAAUCUUAAUCAAGAUUAUGAAUAAAAUACAGACUUUUUAGAAGAAAUAAAUCAAUUAUAAAGAGAAGCUAAGGAGACACUAUAAAACAACUAACCUUUUCUAUAAAUAAUUAGUAAAGUUAAAGAUAAUAUUUUAGACGAAUUCGUGAGUGUUUCAACAUAAACUGAUGCUGUUGUUAACACCAAAAGAGUGAAUGCUAUUGUCAAUCUUCUUUAAUAACUCUAUGAUUAAGUCGAUAAAACUAGCAGAGUUCAAUAUAAUGCUGAAGAUGAUCGAGAGCAACUUCAUUCAAGAGUGAAAAAUUAAAUUAAUGACGAAUUGCAUUCAAUAAAUUUAUAAGUAAUCAAUGGUUAAGAUUAUAUAAUAUAGCUUGCAACCUUACAAAAUUAAUAGGAUUCUAUUAAUGCUUAGAUUGUAACUGAGUCAUAAAAUUAAAAAGAUGAAGAAAAAAGAUUAGCCAAUUUGAAAUAAUAAUUAUUAGAUCUAUCUAAAUGUUCAGAUGAUGCUAAAGUAUUUAUUUAUGAUUUAAUUUAAGGUAAAUUAUGGAGUUAGAUUGAAGGAAAGAAAAGAAUAAUUAAAAUUACUCAGAUAAAUUAGAUAAGUAAUGUUAAAUGAUUUUGAUGCUAUUCGAUGCUAUAUCGAAGAUUAUUUUAACAAACAUUAAGGUUGA